AUGGCAAAAAAGACUUCUUUACUCACGGACACCGCCUCAAAUGCAGUCAUAGACCAUCUGAAGUCGAUUUUUGCGCAUCAAGGGAUCCCUGAGGAGGUCAUAUCUGACAAUGGACCGCAGUAUGCUUCAGAGUCAUUCAAGAGGUUUGCAAGAGAGUAUAUGUUUCAACAUACCACAUCCAGUCCUUUAUAUCUUCAAGCCAAUGGCGAGGCAGAACGUGCUGUAGAGACACUCAAGACUCUUCUACGAAAGAAAGAUGAUCCAUACUUAGCUCUUCUUAACUAUCAUUCAACCCCACUGAGAAAUGGAUAUAGCCCCACAGAGCUUUUGAUGUCCAGAAAAUUGAGAAUGACAGUUCCUAUUGUCGAGACCCAGCUACAACCUAGAGCUCCAGAUUGGACGUCUCUGGAAAAGUGGGAACAGAAGAACAAACAGGCAAUGAAGGAAACAUUUGAUGAGAGACACAAAACGAAGGAGUUACCUCCACUGAACCCUGGGACAAAAGGUUGGAUUCCAGAUCGAUGA